AUGUUUAUGACUGGCCUUCCUAGUCUCCGUGCUGAGACUAGCAUUGCUACAUGUCUGAUGGAGGACAUGAAGGAGACUAGGAAACAAAAUGGCCAAUUGAUUGAUAUCGUCGAGAAACUGAUUGACCAGAGGAUUAAUGAGGACCGUCAAGAGGACGAGCAGCCUCCUAGUUGCAGGAGAGAAGAGAAAGAAGAGGGGGCUGCUGUUCCUAUGGGCUCCUCUGAGGACGACAAAACUGAACGUAUGGAAGCGUCUACACAGACGCCUGCAAGAGGAGGAGGACAGGAGAGCAACGAAAAAAGACAGGUCCCACCGAUAGACAGCUCCCUCGCUCGAGAGAACGCAAUGUUGAAGGAAGCCCUCGAGAGGGAGGGGAGAGAACGGGAGGAAGUGAAGAAGGAGCUCCUGAUAGCCCAAGAAGAUCUAAGAAUCGCUCAAGUGGGAUUGUGCCUGGAUCGGCGCCAGAUAGACAAUCUGAAGGCUGAAAUCGCUGGACUAGACGAAGCAAUUGAAAGACAUUUAACGCUCGAGGUAGAACUGAGAAGAGAGAACAGGGAGCUGAUGGAUCGUCUUUCUCAAACAGAAGGAAGGACCGCGAAGGAGGAAGAGGUCUCACACCCUCAAAAGGAAGAUUUCGGAAGGAAGACAGUCUCCAGUCUUGGAACUGAUGAAGCGAGUGGCUCUCCAGAGGAAUCUGUUGACCUAAAAGUCGAGGUCAGCACAGCUCGCAAGACAAACGAAGAAGAACUGGAAGAACUUGGAACCGAUGUUGACGACGUAUGCUGGCAAGAGGAUGACGAGUCCACAGGAUCAACGCAAUCAAGAGAAUCGGGAGAGUGGGAAAUGGCGUGGGAGUGGAAUAUGACUAAAUCAGAUGAAUUGACUCUGUCCGAAAAAAGAAAGGUCCUUCUGUUCAUCAGAAAAAUUCUGGCGGGCAUACAAUCCAUACACGCUUUAUGGGACUUGGUUGAGAAGUGCUCCGAUCGCUGGGAAAAAAGGCAGCAGAAGAAGCAGCAGAAGAAGGAAGAGAAGGAGAAAAAGAAGCAGGAAAAGGAGGAAAAGAAGAGGAAAAAGAAGGAAAAGAAGAAGGGCAAGAAGAAGGGCAAGGACAACACUCCGACUCCUGAGCCACCCGCAGUUCCUCCAGAUGCAGAUCCUCCAAAUGCUUACGAUAUGCAGGAUUUGCUCUAUGGACCCCAAGGACUUGGAGAUCUGCCAAGUCAAUAUCAAAGAGUGUCCUGA